AUGUCGGAACCGUCAACCAUCGGAGAGGGGGGAAAUGAAGUGUCUUUGUUGGUGUUGGGUGAUGGCGACUUUUCCUACUCGUUGGAUUUGGCUCGCCAUCUCGUCACGAGUUCCACAGUUUCUUCUGUCUACAAGAGCGAAAAGUUGUUCCACUUGGUUGCUACUGGCUUUGAUUCUCUAGAAGCCUUGACUUCCAAGUACAAAGAUUCAAACUUUCUACUGACAAAGCUACGUGGUCUGGACCAGAGCGAUAUGGCGGCCAAAGGAAGUGUUCUUCGUGUGACGGUUCAUCACAAUGUCAAUGCCAUUCAAUCAUCUCCAUCCGCCAAACAGCUGCCUGGCAUCUUUCCCUCUCAUUAUCGCCAUCGUCAUGUUGUGUUCAACCAUCCACACUUGGGCACGGAAGAUGCUGCUCGACAUGCCCGAUUCUUGUGUCACUUGUUUCAUUCCGUCUCUACGGUGUGGCUUGGUAUUGGCCCAAAGCAGGAUGAUGAUGAUGGAUGGUUUCACCUUACACUGGUUCAGGGUCAAUUUGAACGAUGGAAGUGUCAACAAGCCGCCGAGAGACACAACAUGGUCUUGGCGGAUUCUAGACCCUUUCGGGCUCCACAAGUCGACAAUCCAUACUAUCACCACCGUAGGCAUCAAACAGGAAAGUCCUUUGCCUCCAGAACACCCGAUGGCAGUGUGACAUAUACCUUUCGACAACGACGAAACACAAACAGUGAUCAGGAACACCAACAAGAUGACACGACAACCCCAGUCUUGGUUGCUGCCUUGUUGGAUUUGGAACUGAAUGCUACUACUGGGCGUGAUGACGGUCACUCGGGAGAUUCAAAGAACAUUCAGCAAAACAAAGAUUCCCUUCCAUUUCCGUGUCCUCACUGUGACAAACGAUUUAAAGAAGAACGGUCCAGAAAGUGUCACGUCAAAGCUGUCCACGAAAACAAAAAGCGCAAACGAGCACAAGAAGACAUCACUAGUACAACCACAAUCAUCUAUGCCUGCAACCUCUGUUGUAUACAGAACCCUGAAACAGGUACCAACGGGCCUAGAAUAUUCCAAAGUGCACAAGCCCUGGAAGACCACAACAAGGCCAAACACUUUGGAAAACACGACACUAUCAAGCCCGAUUGGUUUUAUCCAACAGGAGCACCAGUUCAGAAUGAGAAUCACAAAGCAGAAGAAGAUAGUUAUGGCUUUUGUGACAUUUGUGGAUUAGUCUUCCCAGAUGCCAAGGCACAGGAAGACCAUGAGAAACAAUUCCUGCCAUGGGAUGGUAGUAGUGCCUCCUCCGACGAAGCUCAAGUCAAGUUUCAGUGUUCUAGUUGCAGCAAGCAAUUUCGAGACCUACGGGCUCAAAAGCAACACGAGAACUUUUGCCUCCAUUCAAGCUAG